AUGGCGAACUGGAAGAAGAGUAUUGUUUCCCACCCCCCCACACUUUCGAAGCACACACUGACACUCACUCCGCGGAAAGAGACAGCGACCAGCCCAGACAAACUAGCCGUCUUCAAUUCGCACAUGGCGGCCCACUUCCACCCGGAAGACAAAUAUGUUGACUUGAAGACACUCAAAGCAGACAUCGUGGCGAAACUAGACUAUGUCGCAAAACGAAGACGACGUGAUGAGAAUGACGACGAAACUCCUAUCGACUCUACAAGCGCCCCACAGUUGCCAUCAGGAACAGUAACGGAGGCCAUGAGCUUCACCCAGUCAACGAAGGACCUGGACCCGUUAAUGCGACAGCUCAUAGUUCGUCCAUAUAGUCCGAAACCCCAUUCACCCCUCCAUGCUCAACCCUCUCUCAUUGCCUGCAUACCCUUGAUCUUCCACCCUCAACCCUCAACCCCCAACCCUGCACCCUCCACUUCAACCCUCCACCUUCUAUCACCUAACCAAAGCGCCCGAAAGUUCGCGGGUAUGGCACUCAGUGCAACAAAACCACACGUCCAAGUAGUCCAAGUACCGGCCACCCCAGUUAUCGCCCACAUCCAGCGACGACAAGCCGGGAAUAGCCUUAUUAUGGUACAGCCAGUGGGUCUCGGGGUGAUGAACAACGAACAGCCACUCCAAACCAUGUCGCGGAAGACGUGCCGUGCAACGCCAGCGCCAGGUGAGGAGGUCCCAUCGAGGAUGACAACUCGGUCAACAGCCAAAGAAUCCAGCGCCCAUGGAGCGGCAACGAGUGGAGCUUCGGCGGUAGCUGUUGUCGGGAAGCGAGCGAAAGCCAGCGCCAACGAACAUACCGCACGCCAAAUCCCGCCGUCUCGGAUCACAGCCGCCAGUGUAUAUGGUGUUAGCAGAAGGCAGCAUGAUGCGGCACGGGAAACGCAAGGCGAGAACCACCCCACACCCUCAUUUCACACAACCCUUCAAUAUAUCCCUUUGAUGAGUGCACCUAAGCGAAGGCUCGCACCGGCCAGUCGCCAAACACAGAGUGCACCAAAGCGCCCCACAACCGCCAGGACCUUCGACAUCCAUGCCAUCCCAACACCAAGGCCAUCCACGAAUAAGGGUGACCGCGUCGACGCCCCACUGAUGGAGCCAAGGACGCCGCACAAGAGAGUGGCGGCGCCUCAACCGGGACGGCCUACUAAGUCAGGCAAUCGUGUCAAUUGCUUUGACACCCGUCAAGAGAAGCCUAGCUCAGGAAGGACAGAGGUACAGUACAUUGACGACUAA